GGGGAGGGAGGGGAGGGGAGGGGAGGGGACGGUAGGCCGCCACCACCAGUAGGACCACGCCAAGGCCAACGUGGGGGGGUGGUGGCAUCUGCGCAGAGUCAGUCAGGCAGGCAGUGAUCAGUCAGUCAGUCAGUCCGGGAGGUGGUGGUGGUGGAGGAGUAAAUGCGGCACUUUGACCAAAUGCAGAGCACCUCAGCUUUUGAAGUUUCCAAUUCGAGCCUGCGCUGCGGACUUGGGGCCCGGCCGGACGUUGUUCUGUUCAGUCUACUUUCUCGCCAUCCCAGACCUGCUACGCUACAGGCAAGAGAGAGAUUGAGAUUGAGAAAGAGAGAGAAAGACGAGAGGUGCCAGACUCGACCCGAGUCCAAACGACCGAGUAGAAAUUCCCGUAGUAGGAGGAAGAGGAGGAGGAGGAGGAGGAGAAGUUAUUACCAAUUAAUUGCAGGGAGCGAGCGAGUGAAAGCUAUUACAGGCGACCGCUGCUGCGUCCCGUGGUUCUGCUUUCCUUCUAACCGACGUCUUGUUCCCUCUCGUCUCGUCUCGGGCAGCAGAGCAGAGCAGCUCUGGCACGGGGGCAUUUGCUUUUUUGUCUGAGAGCGACGUUGUGUCUGGCUCAGUUCCUGGCUAAUCACACGAUUCCAUUCCACUGUUAAAGCUGCAAAUCACUCGAACCCUGUGCUAAGCCCAGAGCUUCAGCUGCACGAAUCGAGCUGUCUGCAAAGUGGACGGGUGAUGGAGCUUCCCGCCUGGAAUGGCCAGACCUACCGUGUGUCACUUCUCACCAACCACUGUUUGGUGUUUCCUCGAAGCUCGGACGGAUGGUACUCCUCGUCUCGGGACGAGCUCCGGGGACGGGAGAAUAGAGGAGAAUAGAGGAGAGGAGGUAAAGUUGAGCAUGGAGAGUUGACCAGCGACAGAUGUUGUCACGCGGGGGAUUUGAACUGAAGCACAUUCUUACAGCCAGUGGAGAGCCAUGUGAGGUCAUCUAUUCUGUAUUUUUUAAGCUGCACACUGUGGCGCUAUCUGAUCCGCUGCGGAUUUGCUUUCGAGGUUUGGAGAUCGAGUGCAUGAUCAUGACACAGGAUUCAUGGAGAAUUACUGCUCUUCUACGCCCAUCAACAGCACUGCACAGUGAGGUGAACAGCAGCUCAUGCGCCCACGCAGAUCUACCAACUACAGUACAGUAUUUCGGAAUGAGACAAGCCUCUCCUGCGGAUCGCGUGCCGGACAAUUGUGGAGGUCUUCGAACGCAGGCAUAAAAGCCGGAUCAGACGGCCUUCGAACAGAACCUAUUCCCGUCAAUCACUGUCCCAUGGCGAGGUGAGACGUUUUCCCUUCGGCUCGCCCACGUUUCCCCCUGUGGCUCGUCAAGUGGUCGUCCAUGGCCGCUUCCCAGAAUACGUACGGUAUAGAAACAUGCGUGACGUAUGUACUGACAGAAGGUGCCAUCAGACUGUAAUUACUGCGUCGUACACGAGUCUUCGAGUGCCGGUCCAGGCCUGCCUUCGAGUUCGGUGGUGAGUAAAUUUGGGUCGAGUUAAUACUGCUGCGGCCCACCGCCCAGCAGCAGCAGCAGUCCCAUGUAAGUCUUCCCGGCCAUGACGAUGUGUCACUCUCGCUUGUGAACGCGUAUCGUCAGAUUGGUCCUCCAUGGUCACGUCAUGAGAACUUGUACUUACCCAGAGUAACAACAUAUUCUCCAGAAGACUGGAAAUGACAUGCUCCCCAAAUGGAUAGACGCGUUCAGUCGGACCAACUUCGGUUCGUGUCUCUUCCUGUGCUUGGCAAAAGAUCCUGUAGUAUAUCUGGCCUUACCGAGAUGAACUCUCCUGGGAAAUGUUGUCAGACACCGUUGCCACCUAGGAUGUGCACUUUCCACCACUUGAUCCAUCAUGCUCGAAACCAUCGCUGUAGUUCAUCUAAAAACGUGGACGAUGAACGAUCGAUCGCCCGCAUACUCGGAUCUGAACUAGGUGCCAACAACUUUUUAUGUUUAAAGCUCUCAGCUCCUUAAAGAUACUCUCACGCGAAAGACGUUCAAUCACUUGAAGAAGACCACUUUAUACUGUUGCAUAUUCAUGGAAUCCAGUGGCUGUGGUGAAAGAAGGACGACUAGUCAGUCGGCUAUUCGCUGCAUCACAACAGAGCCCUGUUUUGUUGCGAACUUUCCUGAGAUGUACCACCAGCCUGUCUGGCUGUAUUCGCGAUGUUCGAAGGAAUUGCAGACGUGAUCAGCCGACCGAGUUUGUCGAUCUUCGCCAUACACACCCCCUACCGUGACACACACUCUCUCUCUACUGUCAAUGGCCACCAAGCAUCGUCAAUGUAGGUGAGGUCGGUGCCAUGUGGUAACCAAUGCCCCGCAAGGCUUGCCAAUGACUGCAAUUGUCAAACCCAGAGACUCACGCUCCGAGAGAGCGAGAGGAUAUUUAUAUUCCCGAAUGCGACGCACAAGUGCAGCUCGUAUGGACGAUGGAAGGAAUGAAUGCCUUCCACUCGCAAUCUGUGAAGUCAUUCUUCAUGGAAUUGUAGACGUUGACUUUUUAGGAACACCUUUUCCCAUUUUUUACGUUCGCUCGCCCAUCACUAUUUUAGCGAUUUUCCACUUUCGAUCCUGGCCUUAUAGGAUUCUGGCAAGAUGCUCGGAUGUAGAGUGGUCCGAUUUCGAUUCCGGUCUUCGUGGACGUCGAGUUCAGCUGCUUCAGCAAUCUCCCAAUUUACGGAGGCCGAGGGCAACAAUCAUCUGCCAUGACCCUCGAUACAGUUGUUCUAAGCUGCCAUCAUACGCUGGAGUACUGAUGAGAGUUCACCAGGUUGUCAAUCCGAAAAGACUGAAUGAUGUUCGGUGUUGAUGUUUCGAGGCUUCUGCUUCAGAGGAAUGAUAGGAUAUACCUCUCUCUAGACUGACAUUGAUAAAGGAGCCUACAAGACCAACACUGGCAGAAGACACCAGUAAGGAAUGAGAUAAGUCAUGUCCGUACAGACCAGCAAAUAUCUUCCGAGGAAGGGGAUCUGCAGUUUACCUCAAUUGAACACGACUGAACGCCUGCAGUUGCUUUGAGCUAUUAUUUGUUCCCUGCUAAUGAAGAAUGGGCGAUGUCACCACCUUUUCUUUUGCUCUCGAUUUAAAAGAAAAUUGGUUGUUAGACCCCACUUCCAUCCGUCUGUCCUCCCGGUGGGCCAUUCCUUACGUACGUCCCUCACAGCUCGUACCGACGAGCAGGAUCAGGAAGUUAUGAAAUUUGAGAGGCACGUGAGAAAGUGCAUUGGCCUCACGUACAGUGUCCUGUUACGUAAUCCUAACAAGGCCCCAUCAACCUCGGCGCUGUCUGUCUACAGUUUCCUGUUCCACAAAUCUCGCGAAAUCUGAUUCAUAUCCUUAAAUCUGAUUUGGAGACAAAUAUGAUCUGUUUAUUGUACUGGUCUGCAGUACACCAUCAGUACUCCAGCCCGUUAGCAAUAUGGGAUGCUUUAAAAAUUGUUUCUUUUUGGUUUCUGGAAGUCAGAUCGUAGAGCUCAAGCAGCUCAACUUCUACUCCAGCAUAGAUUCAUCUCCGUCUGGAUGGACGGUGACACCAUUGUCACAGGUAUGGGUCGAAAGUGUAAGAGAAGCAGAAGACUUUUCUUUUCUUCUUGAUGAUUAGAAGGAAUAAGACCCAAAGCAGUUGUUUAAGCUAGCGUCAGUGCAGAGUCGAUCGGAACCUAAGGUUGUAACGCAACCUGAUAAAAAGGAGAGGUGUACGUACCCAUUAAUAGUAGGAUAGUAGAGAAAAAGCAGGUAUGAUAUGGCUGCUAUUAAUCUGAAACCCUGAAGCUCUUGAUGGAUGAUGAUUGAUAACUCGAGAUACAUGUCAGAUCGAAGCAGUUUCCCCAUGCCAUGCAAUGCGAUUGUUUCUGCCAAAGUGCAGAUGAAACUAGUUUUUUAUAAGACAAAAGGCGGAGAUCCUUGCCACGAGAUACGUACCACAAUGAACAGAAAAAUAAGCAUGGGCAUAUCAUACGUUGUACUCAUCUGGAUCUGGACGACAACUUAAGAGUCUGAAUAUUAGUUUCCCUGCCUUACAGACACUGUAGUCGACAACCCCUGAACCUAUCACACUUUCGAACUCAAUGAUCCGGUCGUUCACGCAUUGAGACAUGUGAAGUUUCAUCUGGCCUCGUAGGAUGGCUUGUUAUUGCUGUGCAUGCUCAGCAACUUUGGCCUCCAAUCUACUCUUUCUAAGUUGCUCGUUGAAUAGUGAUUGGAUCUUACUUCUUAUUGCUGGUUGACAUCCCUCGUGCUUCGUUGGGACACACUAUCUACCCGAAAUAAACUGCAGAAUAUCUUUAAAAGGAUCGUGGACUGGAAGGAGGGGUAUAUUUAAAGGGUUGGCCAGGUCCUCUCAUCCACCUGCGUCAUGUAAGCAACUGUUGUGAGCAGAAGCCUGAAUCAACUGUUAAAAUGCAUAUGAUAUAUUAGAAGGAGUAGCUGCUAUUCUUUCGUAAUCCAUCAUGAGCAAGCGAUCUGGCCUUCACGUAUAUCCUAUCUUGACUAUGAAUCUUAUUCCACCGAGCGCAAAGCGCUGCAUUUCUCGAAAGGACCACAUGGCAAAAAAAGGAGAAUCUCCCUGAAAACCCUGUGCAAUCUUUUCAACUACGAAAAGUAGUGUGCGUUUAUUACUGAUGGACCAACAAUGUGCAGCAUAGCACAGGUACAGCAAAAUAUAUCAUACUACAGUCCAGGAGCUUUGGGUUCCGAGUCGAGACCUGCUUCAGAGCCACGAUGUUCUCUUAAUAGUGAGAAGCCUCUCCAGUCUCCUACGGCCUGCCUGCAUGCCUGCUCUCCCAGAACCCAAAAGUGCUCGUCAUUGGAAACUUGGAUAUACCAGAAAGAGAUUGAUUGUAACUGUCUUCAUCAAGCGGUGCCAGUGACCACAUACCCCGAUAGAUUAGUGUGCACUUAAAGUUGCGCAGUGAAGAACCUGAGUCCGUGCAGGAAAAGUUGGGACUGCUCCUUGCCUUGUCAUCCACGACGAGACCAUCUAAUCAUGAAAGUCGGGACUCGGGAUGUGUUUAAAUUGUUCUUUGACUGCCGAGCUGUUCUACAGUAAGAGCACUGAGGAGGAUAUACAACAACCCACUGACUUCUUUCCCAAGAAACAUUCUCAAACAUCAGAUCUUAUUCGGAUCCUACUUCUUUUGAUUGUGACUUCAACACCCUGUUGUACCUAUUCCCUUAUCUCAAUUCCUGUUGGCCUACUCCUUUAAGUGCUUCAUUUUCUGUAGAAGAUUAAUUAGGCUCAUUAGAUUCCAGUUUGAUCUUGAACAUGUUUCAUGGGACCGAUGUCAAACUGCACGCAUCAGACAUGGUUCGGUUCGCCGCAAACAACGUCAGAAAAGAAGGGCUUUUUAUGCUGAGGAAGUGAGCAGUUGAUUCUGAGUAAGAAUAAAGACGGAACAGCAAGGUUCAAUUUAUG